AGCUGUAUCAGCGUUGGCAACGUCACUGAUGGUCAUCAUGAUCGUCCUGUUUCGUCACGUUUCAUCAACUUCUACCCGCUGUCCAAGCUUUACACCUCCCUAGUCGAUCACCACAGCCAGACAUGUCACAACACUCGACAUACUUGCCUACAUAUCUUGACCAUGGCGUCUGAUGACAAUAUCGAGAAUGGUGUCAUGAUUCUGGUCCGUUUGCACCCAGGCAACCUUGAUGACGAGAUACACAUCUCAACAUUGACAGCAUCGUACACAUCGACGCCUGAAUACUCAGAAACAACGACUGAAUACUCAUGCAUAUCACACAUCAGCUCCGGAACUCAAAAGGAGAUACUUCGAGACAAUCAGCCGUACCUGAUCGACUCUGCUUUGGCCAAUGCUUUAAGAGCACUCAGGAGUGCUGAGGCCGAAACUCUGUGGUGGGCCGAAGGCUUAACGACAAACACAGAAAGCAAAGCGGUACAAUCAGCGGAAGAGUUGAAGAUUAUAUUGCAACAUGCCGAGAUGGUACGGCUUUGGGUCGACAAUGGAGAUACUCAUGGUCCUCAGGCUGUCCAAAUGCUGCAAGAACUGGCCGAACAAUGGCGAACGUUCGCAACCGAAAUGAGUUUACCGGACAAUUGGUCAAGAGCAAGACCCAACCAGAUGAUGCAGAUUAUUCAAAGAGUUCAGCAGAUGAUAGCUACCAAUACUCUGCCCUUUACCGGAUUGCAAGACACUGCUAUCGUCGAGUGCGCGACUGCCUUGGCGGAAUCGCCCUUCUUCCGUCACGUCAAUGCAAUCACCAGUGUCGUUCUGGCAAAAGAAGCAAUUGUAACAAUAAACGGGGCAUCUAUGCCGUGGAUUGAUUACAGUGACAGUCUCAACCUCAUCGGAGCAAGCGGAGGUACACUUCCAGUCAAAUGCAACACAACACACCUCACCCUUGUAGGCGGCAUCAAGAUUGCAGUACGGAGAUGGCGAGAAAACAAUCAGCAUCUAGAACUGCUUCCCAUGCUUCAACAAACUCGACAGAGUGAGUGCGCAGAUCCGCGCGAUCGCAUCUUUUCAAUGCUCCCGAUCACCUCGCCCAGCAAGCGUAUUGAGCUUGGUGCCAGUGCUCCUCAAACGCCACUGCAGGUGGACUACACCAAAAGUCAACAGCAAGUCUUUAUCGAUGCAGCCAAGUAUAUCAUCAGCGAAAGGCAAGACCUGCUUCUCUGGAAUGCCAUCCCUGCGCCUAGCAAGCCGUCUCGUUUGUCUGAUCUACCUUCUUGGGUCCCAGAUUGGAGCGAUGCAACAGAUGUAGUGGCGCUGAAAAUAAGGCCUAGCAUGGCUCUUCGUACAUGGGAAGGCGCGGCCUGCGUCCAACAAGUCCAAAAACCUCUCUCGGUCACAGAUGAAGGCAUCCUCAGAGCACAAGCACACAUCUUCUCACCAGUAAGAAGCGUCGCAGAAGAGAGAUUUACAGAUGAAAACUUCCAAACUCUCUUCCUCGAGUUGUUGCAUUUACUACCGCCUUCGGAAACCAUGCACGGAAAAGAUGACUUGCCACGAACGCUCAUGCUUGAUCUAUGGCAACUUAGCGAUAAGGUCCCCAGAUCAGUCACCAGAACCUUCGUCAGUUUCACCGCCAAAAUUCAAGCCCUCAAGAUGCUUGGGAUUACGCCCGAGCAAUUCAUCGCCGACCCCAGUAUAGUGACCCGUCUUGCACCUGCUGUACCAGAUCUCGCUCAACAGCAUGUCUUCCGUCUGGCUGGCAAAUACGACACGACAGAAAUCUCCAGAGCACUCACACAAUCUCUGGGACGCAGGUUCUUUGUGCUCGAGAACGGACAUCUGGGCUUGAGUUAUGUCGAGCAAGAUGGCGAGAAUGAUGAGGAGUGUAAAGUCAGACCUGGUGACGUGGUUGCGGUCUUUGUUGGAGGCUAUCUGCCAUAUCUACUUCGCGAGUGUGGGAGAAGCGAAGAAGGCGUGAAGAGGUACAAAAUACUCGGAGAAGCGCAUGUGCAAGGGUUGAUGGAAGCCGAGGCCUUGAAAAACAAGGGAUGGAUCUUUAACAGCUGGAGAGACGUGCAGGUCGAUGAUGUGGAAAUUGUUUGACCAUGGGAAAUCCAUAGCAAUUGUGAAGGAAAAGCUGUCAGAUGCAACAUAGAGAAAGUGGCUUGAGAUUCAUAAAUAUACAAUAUAAUUGAGCGGUCGAGGCUGCGAAGCGAUAGUGACGAGAGGGGAUAUCUUCAAAUCAGAUGCAACAACAUUCCGCGAGCAAAAGGAACAGGAAACACGCAGGCAUCAACACUAGAACCAGCCGCCACUGCUGAUGUUUCCACUGCCCCAAUUGCCAGACCAAUUUACAGACUGGCCGGCUGUUGGGUCUAGCACUGCUGCAUUGUCUUCAAGCCCGAAUUGACGUACAAGCUGAUCCCAAUUCUGCCAGUCGAUGUCGGCUGCAGGAUCGAGUGGUGA